AUGUCUGUCGACUGCCCAAUAUGCAACAAGCCCGUCAAGCCCUCCGAAAUCAAUAACCACAUCGACUCUAACUGCGUGAGCUUCAUCGUCGACAAGACGACGCCGCCCUCGACCGACGCCGCCUCGCAGCAGCCGCCACCUCCCCCUCCGACGACACAGAAGCGCACCGCUUCGAGCUUCUUCUCUACGCCCGCCCCGAAACGACUCCAGCAGAAUGGGACUACCACACAACCACCACCUGCGACGCCGGUGCCGCUCGUCGGCAAGAAACGAAGCUUCGAAGAGGGCCCUGGAGCGAGCGACUCCAACGUCAGCGCACCCCGGCCACGGUUCGGCGACGUAAACGGGGCGACACAGCAGCAACCCGUCGACGCCGGCCCCACGACGACGACAACGACAGCUCCAGCCGCCACCAUCGAUGAGGAACACGGCAAGCUGGCAAAGCGCACGAAGCUGAACAAGGCCGCGCCGCUCGCCGAGCGCAUGCGCCCCGCGACGCUUGACAACGUGUGUGGGCAGGACCUCGUCGGCCCCUCCGGAGUGCUGCGCGCCCUCAUCGACUCUGACCGCGUGCCGUCCAUGAUCCUCUGGGGCGGCGCCGGCACCGGCAAGACCACCAUUGCGCGGUGCAUCGCCGCUGCCACCGGCCGCCGCUUCGUCGAGAUCAACGCCACCAGCUCGAGCGUCGCUGAGUGCAAGCGCCUCUUCCAAGAAGCUGCGAGUGACCUUGCGCUGACCGGCCGCCGCACCGUCAUCUUUUGCGACGAGAUCCACCGCUUCAACAAGGCCCAGCAGGACGUCUUCCUACGGCCUGUCGAGGCCGGCACAGUCACCCUCGUCGGCGCCACAACCGAGAACCCGAGUUUCCGCGUCGCGCACGCACUGCUCUCCCGUUGCCGUACCUUUACGCUGCAGCCGCUUGCCGCCGACGACAUUGUCGGCAUACUGCGGCGCGCGCGUGACGCAGAGGUCGCCGCCGGCGCCUACCCGCCGUCGGAGCUCGUCGAUGAUGAAACGCUGGGCUACCUCGCGCGCUUCGCCGACGGCGAUGCCCGCACUGCGCUCAACCUACUCGAGCUCGCGCUGUCGCUCACCACGCGGUCGGACAUGACGCGCGACAUGCUCCGCGCCUCUCUCACCAAGACGCUCGUCUACGACCGCGCCGGCGACCAGCACUACGACACCAUCUCGGCCUUCCACAAGUCCGUCCGCGGCGGCGAUCCGGACGCCGCGCUGUACUACCUCGCGCGCAUGCUGCAGUCGGGCGAGGAUCCCCUGUUCAUCGCCCGCCGCAUGGUCGUCAUCGCCAGCGAGGACGUCGGGCUCGCCGACAGCGCGCUGCUGCCACUCGCCACCGCCGCCUACACGGCCGCCCAGCAGAUCGGCAUGCCCGAGGCGCGCAUCCCGCUCGCCCACUGCGCCGUCGCGCUGAGCCUCGCGCCCAAGAGCACACGCGCCUACCGCGCGCUCAACAGCGCCUACGCCGCCCUGCGCGAGCCCGGCGUCGCCGCCCUGCCCGUCCCGCUGCACCUGCGCAACGCGCCGACGCGCCUCAUGCGCGACCUCGGCUGCGGCGCCGCCUACAAGUACCCGCCCAACUACCGCGACGGCCGCGUCAAGCAGACCUACCUGCCAGAGGAGCUGGUGGGGCGACGUUUCCUCGAAGACAGGGACCUGGGCACCGAGGUCGACCCGGAUGUGGUCAUGGAGGAUGGGGAUGACAAGGCGUGA